AUAAUAAUAAAUAAAUAUGUCUCACCCCUAAAUCACAAUCUCGGAUUCUGAUACUACCCCCGACGAAACUUAAUCCCCUGAGAAACCCACUUCCCAAAUUCGAUUCUAGCACCUGGGUCUUCGAUUAUUUCUCUAAAUUCCCAACCUUUCUAUCUAUAGCUUUCCAUGGGAUGGUCACUAAGAACUCUCAGAAAAGUAGUAGUAGUAAUCCGCGCAUGACCAAGCCCAUGAAUUUCUUUCAGAACAUCAUCAAACCCUUCAAACGCACCUCCAAUUCUGGUCUCGAAGACGACAUCGAGAGAAUCGCAGCUCUGGACCAGAAAGUUUUCUCCUUUCAAGUCUUACUCUCAGCCACCAAAGAUUUUAACCUGACCCACAAACUCGGCGAAGGCGGAUUCGGACCCGUCUUCAAGGGAAAGUUACCUGACGGGAGAGACGUAGCGGUGAAGAAGCUGUCUCAGGCUUCGAGGCAAGGGAAGAACGAGUUUGUCAACGAGGCUAAGCUGUUAGCUAAAGUCCAGCAUCGGAACGUCGUUAACCUCUGGGGUUAUUGCACACACGGAGAUGAUAAGCUUUUGGUCUAUGAGUAUGUCGCAAACGAGAGCCUUGACAAGGUCCUCUUCAAAUCGAAUAGGAGAUCGGAGAUAGAUUGGAAGCAGAGGUUUGAGAUCAUAACAGGCAUUGCUCGAGGACUGCUCUAUCUCCACGAAGACGCACCGAACUGCAUCAUCCACAGGGACAUCAAGGCCGGUAACAUUCUUCUUGAUGAGAAAUGGGUUCCUAAGAUUGCUGAUUUUGGGAUGGCCAGGCUCUAUCAGGAAGACGCGACACACGUCAACACCCGCGUCGCUGGAACCAAUGGCUAUAUGGCGCCGGAGUAUGUAAUGCACGGUGUUCUAUCGGUAAAAGCAGAUGUAUUCAGCUUUGGGGUUGUGGUUCUGGAGCUCAUUAGUGGCCAGAAGAACUCGAGUUUUAGUAUGAGACACCCUGACCUGACUCUUCUUGAAUGGGCAUAUAAGUUAUACAAGAAAGGGAGGACGAUGGAGAUACUAGACACGGAGAUAGCAGCAUCUGCUGAUCCGGAACAAGUGAGACUCUGCGUUCAGAUAGGCCUUCUCUGUGUUCAAGGCGAUCCUCACCAGAGACCAGCGAUGAGACGAGUAGCUAUGCUUCUCACGAGAAAACCAGGACAUCUAGAAGAGCCAGAGCGUCCUGGUGUCCCCGGGUCUAGAUACGGGCGUCGGAGGCAUGGUCCUUCAGUAACAACAUCCUCGGUUGGUACGUUAUCGACACCGGGAUCGAGUGCAGGUUCGUUUGGUUCGAACUUGAAGACGAACACUGGAAGCAACACAGGGAGUGGUGGAGUUACACCGGCUUCUUCUAGGACUCCGACUAGGAAUCACGGCACGAGAAGUGUGGGUGGUGCGAGGUCUAGCUCAGACCCUCACGGGAAACGGCCUAUGAGUUUUUAAAGUAGAUAAAUUCUUGUUACAUGUUGAUGAUUGUAAAUUAGUGUUAUUUUUUUUGGCUGUGGUAGUGAUUUUAGGACAGAGCUUAGUGGUGUUGAUUCUCUUCUCAUGUAAGAAACAAAAGUUCAUUUAUUUAUUUGUAU